AUGGAAACGACUGCUACAACAACUGCUCCGGCCAGUAAUACUACUGGUUCAGGACCAGGGAUAUUUAUUAGUGAGAGUAUGGUGGAUAACAGUGGAAGUGCGGGUUCUAAUGGGAAUACGCAUCAGAUGGCUAAGUUAAGAAGAGACUCUAUUGCUCAUUCUCAGGGAAUAGGUGGUGUUUCAUGGGGGUCGCUUACGAUCAGUUCGUGGCUACGAGAUGAAGUUAUGAUCCAUGCUCAGUCGUACGGAAAGGAUCAUGGAUCUCUUUCUAUAAAUGGCCACAUCAACGUUAAUGGGAACAGCAGCGGCCAUGGUAGAGCAUAUCCGAUCAACGUACAAAAUUCGAAUGACUUCUUGGGAAAACAUGGUAAUGGGAAUGUUGGUGGUGGUAAGAGCCCCUUGGACCUUACAAAAUUUGCCUCUCCUCCUGGUUCAUCAGGUGCUUAUUUGCCCAAUCUUGAGAAACAAUACUGCAAGGAUUAUAGCUGCUGUGGCCAACUGCUUCCUAGUUUGCACGACCUCUUAAGGCAUUAUGAAGAAGCUCAUAUUGCCACUUCUCCAGGAAGCCAUAGCAACGGUCUCCCCUCUCACCAUAACAACCAUGGCCAUGUUCAUCACCCUAUGAACCCAAAUAUGGUCGGAGUCAAUAUGAACUUCAAUCUGCAAUCAGCUGCUCAUGCCUCUUCAAAUAACGGUAACCAUCAUUCUCAAUCUAAUAACACCAGCUCUGCAGCCAUGUCAAACGCAAAUUCCAGCCAUUCUAAUUCGCAUUUGCAUUCUCAUCUAAAUCAGCACGCCAGUGGUUCGCUAGCGUCAAAUAACAUGCAUGGCCAACUGAGAAGUGGACCAGACCAUCAUAAUCAUGCCAUGCAACAGGAACAUCUGUCUUCUAACGGUGUAAAUUAUCAGCAGCGGAAGGCUAUAUUAUCGCAGCAACGGAUGCAGCAGCAACAUCAAAGUAAUAAUAAUACCAAUAACAUUAAUGAUAACAAUAACAAUAACGGCAACAAUAACAACACUAUAAACGGGUCUCAGCACCCAAGAAAGUCUGAUCACCGUCUACUUCAAUCGGGAAGUGGUUUAACUGGAUCUGGUCAAUCUCAAAGCAAAGUACCGCGGGGCUCACAGAUUAAUACCUCGUCAUCCAGUUCAAACCUGACUUCUUUGUCUCAGUCUGGCCAAUCAUCCGCUUCCACUAAUCAACUGCAUUUGAAUGGGGGUUUCGUGGAUGCAGUUUCGACAAAUGAAGUGUUUCUACAAUCGAAACAUUCCCAGCCAUCAUCAUCUAGAAAUGUUUCUAAUUUCAACUCAUACUCUACGAAAUCUCAUCAAACAAUGGUCCAGCCAGCUAGCAAGCGGUCUUUACCUUUGGGAUCUGGUUUGGAUCUUGAUUACAUGGAAGCGGGGGUUAUUUCUGGAUUAAACGAUAGUUCUCUUGGAGGGGUCAUGGGCUUUGGUUCGAUUGAUCCUCUUUCGCACAACGUCCCGCUAACAAAUACUAAUCAACUAGGACUCUCAAAAAAAUCCAAGAAGUUGACUAAUUCCCACAUGAAAAUGAAGGGUAUUGGAAGGCAGGAUAGUGACUCAGGUUUGCUUGGAGAUCAUGAAUCCGGGGUAGUUAUUGGUGAAGAUGAUGAUGAUGACGAUGAAGUUGUCGAUGAAGAUGAAGAUGAUGAAGAUGAUCAUGAUGAUGAAGAUAACGUUUUGUCCAGUAGAAAACAACAGGGUUACAUUGAUGAUCCAGCUAGAAGACUUUACGUGAUGGAUCACGAGGAGCAUAAACCGUUCAAAUGUCCAGUGAUAGGAUGUGACAAGACGUACAAGAAUCAAAAUGGUUUGAAGUAUCACAAACUGCAUGGUCAUCAGAACCAAAAAUUACAUGAAAACCCAGAUGGCACUUUCAGCAUAAUAGAUCCAGAAUCUAAUGAACCUUAUCCUGAUGGAAUGGGUAUGGAAAAUGACAAACCUUACCGCUGUGAAGUCUGUGGAAAGAGAUAUAAGAAUUUGAAUGGUCUUAAAUAUCAUAGAGGGCAUAGCACACAUUGA